AUAAUUCCUUGAUUCAUUAGCAAAUGAAGUUGUAGACAGAUAGAUCGCCAUCCAUUCCAGAGCUUCGGGAAGAUACUUCCUCCUUCCCUGCCCUAGGUUCUGAUGAUUUGAUUGAUUGACAAUGAAACUGACGAUGUCAACGGCAGGAAGAGGUGAUGGCGAAAACCUGCAGAAAGUGUUGGUGAUUCAGACGGCGAGCAUCGCCAUGGAUGUAAGCGAGCUCCAAUGGCUGGUGAUGUCGCUGUCUCUCUCUCCUGGAGACGAACUCGUGCUCCUCUCCUUUCUACACCUCAUCAACUCUCCUCCCGCUUUCUCCUUCUCUGCCGCUGCCAAAAUCUUGGGAUACAAAGGUAAAGAGGAUCCGAAUUCGAUCGUGGAGGAGGUGAGGAGGAAGAAGGAAGAGUACCGUAGCAAUGCCGCCUUCGUUCAGUUUCACAGGUUCUGUGAAAUUCACAAGAUUAAAGCAAGUGCGGAAGUGGAAGCAGGUUCGUCUCGGAAAGCUGCCGCCGUCAGGGCUGCCAAAAGGUUGGGCGCCACAUGGAUCGUCCUCGACAGGGAGAUGAAGAAAGACAAGCAGUACUUCAUGGAUCGGCUUACUUGUGGUAUAUCAAGCAUGAAGAGCAACAACACGAUCAGAAAAAUUCGAGAUCCAGCCGACGAACAUGUAUCUUAUGAUGAGAUGAUACCGUCGUACUCACCUCCUUCAGAAUCUCCAAGAGAUCAUCAAACAGCAGCCAGAAGCAAAGAAAGAGAGCAUUACCGUUCCAGCAAGCCAUUAUCAUGUAAAUCCCAAAGCGUUGUUCCCAGACAAGAAAUAGGGAGGAAUGAUACAAACGCAGUGCUAGCAACUGCAGACAAAUCGCCCAGCGAAGGAGGUGAAAGACCCGAAGCAAAUACACAACAGAGUACAGACUCAAACAAUUCCAUUUGUUCCAUCUGCCACAACAGACGACUUAAAUUCGAUUCCCAGAAAGACUUCACUUAUUCCGAGCUUCGCGAGGCUACAAACAAGUUUUCAAGGCAAAAUUUCCUAUCCGAAGGCGGGUUCGGAUCCGUUUACAAAGGAGAGCUAAAAAAAGGGGUGACAGUAGCCGUUAAACGCCUCAAAGCAGCUAGUCUACAAGGCGAGAAGGAAUUCAAAGCUGAAGUUCGUGUGCUCAGCCGAGUUAGACACCAGAAUCUCGUCACACUCUUGGGCUCAUGUGCUGAAGGGAACCGCCGGUUGCUGGUGUACGAAUACAUCUGCAAUGGCUCCCUCGAAGAACACUUAUCAGGCAAAAGAUCGUCGCAACCUCUCACUUGGGAGCAACGAAUAAAAAUAGCGUACGGAGCUGCCAAAGGGCUGGCAUAUCUCCAUGCCCGAAACAUCAUCCACAGGGACAUGAGGCCGGGCAACAUUCUCAUCACACACGACUAUGAAUCCCUGUUAGGAGAUUUCGGCCUGGCUAGAGCAGCACAACAAGAGGGUAGUCGCUCAUCUGAAAAUGGAGUGGUCGGGACACUCGGAUAUAUGGCGCCGGAAUAUGCAGAACGUGGGAAAAUGUCUACAAAGACGGAUGUCUAUUCAUUCGGGGUGGUUCUGCUCCAGCUUAUCACCGGAUUGAGGACAACAGACGAGAUCCCGGGAGGGAAAAGUCUCGUUGGAUGGGCAAAACCUCUUCUGGAAAUGAAGAACUACCCACGCAUAAUCGACAAAAGGAUUCUAGAUUCCUACGAUGUCCACCAGCUAUUCUGGAUGGUGCUUGUUGCUGAAAAUUGUCUCAAAAAAGACCCUAAAGAUCGGUAUACGAUGGAGCUGGUAGAGAAUCGCUUGCAAUGCAUAAACAACAUAGACUUGUCGCUAAGUAGAGGAGAGUCAAGCUGCUGAACACUCGACUCAGAAGUCAAAUGACCAGUUCCUCUCUGGCCAGUAUUAUAACCUCUUCCCAACAGUGUGUCGACGAGGUAAAGUUUUAAAAUUAUUUUGGCAACAUUCCGUUGCAUCAAAACUAAGACAAAUAGGAAGAUUGUUAUGUAGAUGAAUAGAACUCACAAGUUUUGAGUUGCAUUCAUGAAUUUAGUUUUGUUUCAGAUGAGACAAAUAAAGUGCAGUCAAUAAUCGUUUUCUGCUCCUGUAUUCUACAAGGGCUUGUUUGAUUUGAGGUGUUUCAAAUUCAACGAUUAAAUUUUUAAUACAUUGUUUGGAUAAGGGUGGAUUUAAAAUCCACAAGGUAUAUGAAAAUCUAUUUCU